AUGUUGGAAGACAUUGUGUCGGGUUACAUGGGAGGCGGAGACUCUUCUGAUGAAGGAAGAGAAACACAUGUUGCAAACCUAAAUCAUGUGAUGCAAUUCCAAGAACAGCAUGAAAUCUUGAAGAAAAUGCUGAGAAUGAUGGAGUCAGGUGAGGAGACAAAAGGCUUUGUUUUUGGGAUAGUUCCCAUAAACGGAAAGCCAGUUAAUGUAGCAUCUGACAAUCUUCGAGAUUGGUGGACUGAAAAGGUUAACUUUGAUCGGAAUGCUCCGACAGCCAUAGCCAGGUAUGAGGCCGAGAAUGUCAUCAUAGAAAUGAAUGAUGGUUGCGCUUCCAUUGGUCCAACACCAGAAUCAUUACAGCAGUUUCCUGACACAACCUUGGGCUCUCUCUUAUCAGCACUUAUGCCACACUGCAAUCCCCCUCAGAUCAAAUUUCCAUUCUCAAAGAGGGUUCCUCCACCAUGGUGGCCCACUGGAAAUGAAGAAUGGUGGUGUCAAAUUGGUCUUCCUCCCAAAGACCAAGGUCCUCCACCUUAUAGAAAACCUCAUGACCUCAAGAAGAUAUGGAAGGUUGCUGUUCUCACUGCAGUGAUUAAACAUAUGUCUCCCGAUGUCACCAAUAUAAUGAAGGUUGUAAGACAGUCAAAAUGUUUUCAAGGAAAGAUGACAUCUAAGGAGAGUGCAAUAUGGCUUGCCAUUCUCAACAAAGAGGCAGCCCUGCUUCAAGAGAUUAACCUUCCUCCUUCUUCCUCUGGUGGAGGUAAUGAGUCCAUAAUUAUUAGAGAACAGAGCUUAAAUGUGGAGGACGGGAACCCUAAUCAUCAUAAUUUGUCCAACCUUGUCAUCGAGCGACUCCGGAAAAGAAAGGUUUCUUCUGAUGAUCAAGAUAAUCGGAAUAAGAGUUCAUGCAAUUGUGGACAAUCUGGAUGUCCUUUUGAUGAUAUUUUUCUUAGUUUACAUGACAGACCAGCUAGGGACUAUCAUCAAGUGAACCCUGCAUAUAGAAACAUUUAUAAAGACGACGAUGCUGGUCCGAGUCGCCAAGAUACUGAGGUUGAACCAGUCACUACAUGUCAGACUACAAAUUUUGUUACACCUUCAUCUGGUGGAACUGGACUUGGAGUUUCUGAAGAUGACCAAAGAAUAAACACAGAUGCUACCACCAUCUAUGAUACUAGUGUUGCAGGAAACGAUAACUUGAAUUCCAACAACUUUGUACCUGUAGAAUACGGUAACAUUUCUGAGGUUAUCUUAGCAGAAGAGGACAAAAUGUUGACUGGUGAAGGAAUGGUGGGGGAAGAAAACUUGGUUAGAGAAGAGGAAGGUCAAUUGGAACACUUGAAUACCACCAACAUAAACCCUUCUCUUGAUGAUAUCCAGGACGAGAUAUUUGAUCCCUUCCUUGAUUUAGAAUCCUUUGUUUCUUUGUAUUAA